GGCGGCAGGAAGGCGGCGGCGGCGGCGGCGGGCUCGGCGUCCUCCUCACGCGCUCCCGGCGGCCGCGGCACCCGGGGCGGCUCCUCUCGCGCGCCAGGGCCCCGCCGCCGACCUGCCGCCGCGCCCUCCUCGCGCCCGCCCCGCGCCCGACGCCGCUUUCCCCGCGGGCUCCCGCCUCGCGGCGACUCAGGAGCCGGCGGACAUGAGCGAAGCGGCGGCGGCGGCGCCCGAGCGGGGCUGGAAGAGUGAGAAAGUGGACGAGGCGCAGGCCCUGGCGCGGAGUUGCGCUGCCCGCCGGCCCGACUUCCAGCCGUGCGACGGGCUCUCCAUCUGUGCCACGCACAGCCACGGCAAGUGCUUCAAGCUGCACUGGUGCUGUCACCUGGGAUGGUGUCACUGCAAGUAUGUCUAUCAGCCUAUGACCCCUGUGGAACAGCUUCCAAGCACGGAGAUCCCUGUGAAGCCUCGGGAACCCACAAACACCAUUCAAAUCUCCGUCUCCCUCACGGAACACUUUUUGAAGUUCGCAUCUGUCUUCCAGCCUCCUCUCCCACCGGAGUCCCCAAGGUACUGUACGAUUUCAGACCUUUUUAUUGACAACUAUCAAGUCAAGUGCAUCAAUGGGAAGAUGUGUUACGUGCAGAAGCAGCUGGCACCGAAUUCCCACAAAACAGGCCCCGAGGAGGUCUCCGCACACAAUGCCUUAAUUUCACAAGAGAGCAGCACGCCAAAAAUAGAUCACUGCUCCUCUCCCUCGAGCUCGGAGGACUCUGGGAUCAAUGCGAUUGGGGCUCACUACGUGGAGUCGUGUGACGAGGAGACAGAAGAAGGAGCAGAACUGAGUUCAGAGGAAGAUUACAGCCCUGAGAGCAGCUGGGAGCCGGAUGAGUGCACCCUGCUCUCCCCGUCACAGUCCGACCUGGAAGUGAUUGAGACCAUAGAAACCACCGUGUGAGGGGCCGCGGUAGCCACGGCCUCCGAUCCCCGCAGCGCUUUUGUACUUUUGUCUGAUGGAUCCUUUUUCCACUGCAGUUGGCAUUUUCUACCCCUCUCUAGCAACUCUUGCAGUUCAGUGGUCUGCUGAUUAGUUUCACUCUUGAAUUCGUCUUCUAACUAAGACAUUUUUUCGUACCAACCGUUUUCUUUUGUAUCUUGACUUACUUCCUAUGUAGCAUCUGGUAUCAUCAGUUGUGACCCAGCCUUAAUUUCACUGGGAACUUUGAAAGCGGAGAAGUGGUGAUCACAGAGUAUUCUGGAUCAGUUGAGGAGUGAAUGUUUUUAGAAACAACCAGCUCUCCCAGUAAGACUCCCGGCCUUCCUUGUGGGGUGCCGAAAGGCACCCUGACCCUGCCAGCCCCAUAUAGGAGUCAGGCAGAGGAGGACAGGUGUGCCCUGGCUGGCACGGGCCACUCUGUCCCUGUCCUCUUCUCCCCACCCCUGCACUGGGUCUGACUUCCUUCUUAAGGUCACUGUGGCCACAUCUGCCCUUACAGUGGUCCGUGUCAGUCAGCCCCUCGUCUGGGUCCCAGGACCCAUUUGGUGGUGUUCUCUCCAUCUUGUGUUCAAUCCAGCUUUAGCUAAGCAUCUGCUCCGAGGAUACAGACUGAGCAGGACCAAACUCACUUCUGAAGAGGCCCACGGUGGAGAUGACACACACAGGGCUGUUACCCAGAAUGCACUUGGGCUGAGGCCAGGGAGAGGGGCAUGGCCUGGGUAGGGCCAAGAGGUGGCCUCAUUUGAGCUGUCCCCUCUGAGAGCUCCCGUACACCCCCCCCCAGCUUUUUUUAUUUGUUCUUUGAAUCUGGAGAAAACUUUUGAAGUUAUAUAGGCAUUAUAUUUAGGAGGCAGCCACAUCCGACGUCUUAAGAAAAAAAAUUAUAUCAGUAAUAGUUUUAGUUAGCAUGGAAAAUGCUAAAGACAGCAGUCCUUUAGGGAUUAGGAAUGAAUCUAAUAGGUUUGAUUAAUUCUGCUUCAUUUGAUUGUAUGAAGCAUUAGAAUGGCUUAGGUGAGACAAGGAUUAGACUUCAGUAAUGAUGCAUGGAUUUUUUUUAUGCAAAUGCGAAAAACCAGUUGAAAUAGUUUACUGCUAAGUCAGGAGUACUUAUUUUGUGUGAUACUUAUUUUCUGUUAUAGUUAGUAAUAGUCAUAGUCUGUUAUUCAUGCUCUUUUUUUUUUUCCCUCUCACAUACCACAUAGUGAGUCAAACUCUUAUGGCUCUCCUCAGAAUUCUACUUCUCAUCUCAUUUGGACCAGGUGUUCUUGUGUGACUUGGUUAUUGUCUGCCAUUUCUCCAGAUCUGCCUUCUCGAGUUAAGACUUCAGGAAGCGAGAAGCGUCUCAGUUGGGGAUGGAGAAGCACAGCUUAUAUCCUAGCACCCAUGAGCGUGCUCUUGGGGCAUUUUCCCUGUCAGCAUCAUGGUACAAUCUCUUAGUCUCAUUAGUCUGUAUAAGAGGCCUGAUGUGCCACUCCCCCAAGCCUCCCCUGGGCAUCUUUCACAAAGCACCCUGGGCAGAACCUGUUCUUCUAGCUGUGUGUGUCGCUCGAGUGCUUAGCUAGAGCAUUCUCUUAGGCUUAGGUACCCAAAACAUCCCUAGGAUUUAGAAAGCAGAAUAUGCGUAUUACUUUGAACACAGUGUUUGUUAAAACUUUUCUCUGCUAGAUGAGGAUGCAGCAUCAAUUUUCCUCUUCUGAAAUGGAGGGUCAAUACAGGGACGGUCAAACCAAGAGUGGGAGGCAGAGAAGGUGCAGGAACGACAGGCAGGCCGGGAGAGGAGGGGGCUAGGAAGUUGCUGAGCAUCCAGCCAUGUGGGGGUCCGAGUGUGCACCAAGUGUGCACUCACUGUGCACCGAGUCCCAACUGCCUCCCCAGGCCUGGUUCUUGCCUUCCCCCUUUGGGUAACCUUGGGGAUAGGCAUUAGGGGGUCUUCUUUCUUCACGUGGAUCCUGUCCACUCUCUGCUCUGGGCCCUGUCCACAAGCCUAACCACAGACCUAAGAACCACCAGAUCUCCCAAACCAUGGAAAUAGGUGGUUACAGGGGCUGAAGCUGGCUGUGCUAGGGUCGAGCUCUUUACUAGUAAGAUUGAUAUUUGCCGACAUUCCUAUUUUUUAAACUCUGAAACUGCCACUCAGAUUAGGCACAAUUUUAAUGGAAUUUUUGAAUUUAAUAAUGGUCAAUAAUCACUUAAAAGAUUUGCACAAUCUCUUUAUAAUCAAAACCUCGCCAAACUUCACUUAAUACUAUUUUAUAGGAUUUGAGAUGUUCCAAUGGAUUCUAAAUAUCAGAUGCUUCUGGAUCUCAAAAGUAGCCUUCUCUCAACAAGCACAAGUGAAAUUUGACCUGGUCCUUCCUAGCACUGUUUCAUAAUUCUCCGAAAAUCACAUAUGACACAACCAGAAUUGUUUCUUUAUGCUUGCAUUCCAAAACACAGGUGAUAAGGAUAUAAAUACGAGUAGUUUCAACUUAAAUUCUAGGCCUAUUCUGUUCUAUAUUAAAAAAAAAACUUCUCUGUAAUCCAGAUACUAUAUCACUCAUUUGUAUAAGCAUAUUUAUAGGCACUUUAGAAAAUGUUUAGACUGCAUCUUGUAUUAUAGACUUCAAACAUAGUUGUUAACACAGACAUGUUAAUCACCUUUUGUUAAUAUUUGCACACUGAGAGAUAUGAAAGCUUUUUGGUUUGGACCUGGCAGUAUCUUUUCUUGCAGCAGUAGGUGGGGCAGUUUGGAUAGGCUGCUUUUGUGGAAACCUGGCAUAAAGGUUGUCAGGUAGAAGGUACAAACUAAGUGCUCUGUAGAUUUUGAACUUCGAAUCUAACCAGGAUUAAUUUUUAGCAUUUUCAGUUUCAAACAUGCUCCCAACUUUCCUGAGAAACUAAAGCACUUAAAAUGCUUUUGUGGUUAUAACUAUUUUGUGCAUCAGCAAAUGAGGUUUUACAAUCAAAUCUAGCUGUUUUUUUACCCUGUAGUUCUUAAGACCGGAAAUGAGAAUUCAAGGAUAACCUUUUCAGCUGCUUCUCCUGGAAAGGGGAGCCCUGGAGUUCAAGGUGAAGGAGACCAGGGAGCCAGAACCAAGCCAGAACUGAGCCAGACUGGACUGGGAGCUUGUUUCCCGAGGCACUUUCUGGAUGUGACUUCAGGUUUGGUUUCUGUCUCUUAACCUCCGCUUCCUGGCCUAUCAGAAACAUCACAGUUCUUUAGGGACUAAUCAUAACAAACUCCUUUUAUGCAAAUUUUUCUACUCGGUAAUAGGAUGCAACCAGAUAAUGUAAAAAGCUGUCAAAAUACCCAGAUCUGUUUGGUGGUAUAAAUACUAGUAGGCAAGAAAGAAAAAAGCACACGUUAAAAUAAUAUUUACACAGGCAGCUCUUGAUUAUUCCAACUUGUUUGCAAAAUUUUAUUGACACAUUUUGGCUUUUUACGUGAGGAAAACAAAGCUUUUAACAGUUUAUGUUCUUACCCCCCUCUCCAGAGGAGGUGAGGGCUGGGACUCCGAGGCGGCUCCUGGGAGUGGGGGUGGGGGCCUCCACUCUGCCAGACUGAGGAUCCCAGGAAGGCUGGUGACUCUCACGCCCAGCACUCCCACAGGGAUACUGCUCUGAGUCGAUUUUGGAAUGAUUUGCCUUUUUCAUUUUUCUAUGUCGCCAACUUUUUCAUGACACUGUGCUGCUGAGCACUGACUGUAUCAGGAGCAUCCGCGCCCGUGGGGCGGGUGCAGGGCGGGUGUGGGGGUGGGGAGUCCCUUUCUGUGGGAUAGAAGCAGAGUCUGCCCAGGUCAUGACAGCCGGUCACCCCGGAGAGGGUGAAGGUGGAGCUUUCAUCCUGUUGGUUCACAGACACUUUUUUGAGGCUGUUCAUAUAUUGUAAUUAUUCACUUACUGUGCUCUUUUUUAAAACCUGUCUACUUCCAACGCAAUGUUGACCCUACUGUAAUUUCCUACAAAUGAUACUGUUUUCCUAUAAACAGCUCAACUUUUCUUUAUGUAUAAUCUUUUAGGAAAACACUACCUUGUAAAAUAAAUGUGACUUUUUUUC